UACCUAGUCCGCCAGCCAAUAAUGUCAUCCAUUCUAUCAUGUAUGAUAUCUUGAACCAGAUCUUUAUCUGAAGUUGAAGGAUCAUCGCUAACGCCCUGCAUUCUAUCUCAAACAUACGCCAUCCGGCUCACAUCGGACCUAACGCUAUCAUUAUCAUAUAUCUAUGUGCAUAAAAUUGAUCUGAAGAUAUCAUCAAGAUGGCUAUGAACCGUAUUUCCGGUCCGAAUCUCUAUAUCGGAGGCAUUUUCUCACUUAAGAACAAGGCAGCAUUGGAAAGAGCAAACAUUACACACGUACUUUCGGUAUUACGUUUACAACCGCAAGAAGAAAUCUUUGCGGGGUUUCAACAUCAUCGCAUUGAAGUGGAUGAUGUCGAUGACGAGAACCUCCUAGAACAUUUCCCGUCCGCCAUUAAGUUCAUUCAGUCUGGAUUGGAUGCUGGUGGAGGCGUGCUUGUCCACUGUGCGAUGGGAAAGUCCCGUUCAGCCACUAUAUGUGUCGCUUAUAUGCUCCACCAACAGCCAAGGGCACUGACUCCGCAGUCCGCCCUUGAUAUUAUUCGGCAAAGUCGGCCUCUAUGUGAACCGAAUGAUGGAUUCAUGAACCAGCUGUCGAUUUAUCAUCAAAUGGGCUGCCCAGAUGAUGUGAUUAGCCAUCCGUUGUACAACCGCUGGCUUUACCAUCGCGACGUUGAGGAAAGUGUAGCAUGUGGCCGCGCGCCGGAGAUGAAUUCCGUGUUAUUUGAAGAUGAACAACUCAGUAAACCCCUAGACAAGGCGGAUCGAACAAUGGAAAUAAAGUGUCGUAAAUGCAGGCGAAAUUUGGCGACCACGCCAUUCAUCAUACCACAUGGUCCGCAAAACGCAGGAAAUAGCCAAGCCGACUGCGCCCACAUUUUCUUACAUCCUCUGACAUGGAUGCGUCCGUGCCUUUUCCCUGAAAGUGAAGAGGAUGGAGCGCCGUCCGGGGAUGCCCCCUUGUCCGGUCGCUUAACUUGUCCGAACACUUCAUGUGGAUUCAAUAUCGGAAAAUUCGCGUGGCAGGGUAUGCAAUGUAGCUGCGGCGACUGGGUGGUUCCAGCAAUCGGCCUUACGAAGGCUCGAAUCGAUAUAUCCCACCGAGUCAACCUAGGACAUGGGGCUGGAAGGUUACCUCCAGCAGCACUAGGCAUCCGCCUGCCGCCUAGUAUGAGGCCUAACCCUGCAGAUGAACCCGCAAAUGGACGGGGCAAUCUCUGAGUUUACGGCGGUUACUGCGCCUCAUAACAGACAAUGACACGGUCGGUACUCUACGGGCAUCUACCAUUGCCCUUGAACAGACAUGAUGUCUCCGGCACCCAUUGUUUAGAUGACUGGAGAACCAUGUCAUCACGUAAUUACUAAGGUUUCGGACAGAGUGUAAAGGUUGUGCGCGCCUUAGCCCGCUUCGCCAGAGCUUAAAUAUUUCCAUAAGCAAGAAGACUCCUUUGAUUUAAAUAAAGCUGGGUCUUGCGUGUACG